UUUAUCCCCAACCCAACGGUAGACACUGUUUACUUUCCAACACUUCCUUCCCCACCACCGCAGAAUGGCGGCGAUAGCGGCGGCGGCCACCGCCUUCACAACCCUGCACCUCUCCAAAACAUCAUUCAUCCUCCCCCGCCGCCACUUCCGAACAGUUAUUACCUCAUCCCUCUCCACCACCACCACCACCGCCGCCGCCGAAUUCAAAAUCACAUUCGCCCCUCCUAAACCUAAGCCCCAAUUACAAAAAUCCGACCCCACAAACGCUCCGGGAAUCGAUUCCGGAGACCAGCUCCUCGUCCCGUGGAUUCUGAGAGACGAAAAUGGCAACAUCAGCCUCCAGAAGAUGCCGCCGCAGCGGUUCCUCAAAGCCAUGGCGAAUGAAAGCACGCAGAAAAAGAAGAAGAGGGAUGAUAAAACCCCUGCUAAGAAAGCCAAGGCUGCAAUGCAAUACGUUGAGCCCAAAUACUCCAAGGCGGCUCGGAGAUUCUAUAACGAGAGGUUCCGGGAGCCGCCGCAGCGGCUCGCGAAGGUGCUGGCCACCGCCGGAGUGGCAUCUAGGAGAAGUAGCGAAGAGCUGAUUUUCCAAGGGAAGGUGACUGUCAAUGGUUCCGUUUGCAACACGCCCCAGACCAGAGUUGAUCCUGCCCGAGAUAUUAUAUAUGUUAACGGAAGUCGACUGGCUAAGAAACUUCCUCCAAAGGUUUAUCUUGCUCUAAACAAGCCGAAAGGUUAUAUAUGCUCAGCUGGAGAAGAAGAAACGAAGUCUGUAUUUUCUCUGUUUGAUGAUUUUAUGAAGGGUUGGGAUAAAAGGAAUCCGGGAAUACCAAAGCCGCGACUUUUUACAGUUGGGCGUCUUGAUGUUGCCACAACCGGGUUGAUUAUAGUGACGAAUGAUGGUGAGUUUGCAAAUAAGGUUUCACAUCCUUCGUCUAAUUUAUCCAAGGAAUACAUUGCAACUAUUAAUGGUGCGGUCACGAAGCGGAACUUGUUGACCAUUAGUGAAGGAACAUUUGUAGAAGGUGUAAAGUGCGUCCCCGAUUCAGUGGAGUUGCUACCGCAACAGCCCGAUAUUUCAAGACCUCGGCUUCGCAUUGUGGUUCACGAGGGAAGAAACCACGAAGUGCGAGAACUUGUGAAAAAUGCCGGGCUUCAGAUUCAUGCACUGAAACGUAUACGCAUCGGUGGUUUCAGGCUUCCUUCUGAUCUUGCCCUAGGAAAGCACAUUGAACUAACCCCAGCGCACAUGAGGGCACUGGGUUUGGAAGAGCUCAAGAAAUCCAAAUCAAAAUGACUUUCGUGCUCGAUUUUUGCAUAAACUCACUCCUGCCUCGUAAUCGCUUUUUCUUUCACCAAAAAGCAUAGAUUCUGGGCAAUAUAUACAAGUCCGAAGAGACGGAGAAUCGACAAAAAAAUCCGGCCUCCUCAAUAUCACCGGAUAAAUUAAUCGAUCACCUGUAGCGAAAUUGCAAGUGUAGGAAACCCGACAAUUCUCAAUUAUCGAUCAUGUAUAGUUUACUGCAGUUGGACUAUCUAGUGAUUUGUAUAUCAGAUGUAUUUUUCGCUCA